AUGCAUCCCGCACCUCUACCCUGGCUGACAGCCCUGCUCAGACCGCGUGUCAAAGACUUCGCAGGUGUCUAUAAGCACAUCCUGCAGCCUAUGGGUAUGGCCGCACAUAGCGCCUCGUAUACUCGACUCACCGACACCGGCGAAUUCUACCUUCAAGCCCGCGCCGACACAAAACAAAGCUUUGUUAACAAUGUGUACUACAGCACUGCUUCUACCGAAACCAAGCGCCAGCUACUUGAGAUGCCGUUUGAAGAAUUCUUCGAUCUGUGCGUACGUGAAUUGCCCAAUGCGGGAGACGAUCUUGAGGAUAAAAGUAACGACGCGAGCGCCCGCCUCUGGUUUCUUUUGAGCUGCGCGACGCAUUCCGAAGCCGAUGUUGAUGGUUCACUAGGCCCAGAGCUGUGGAAGUACUACGAAUGGACAACUUGGUGGCCCAACGAAUUAUCACCAACCUGGUAUAGCACCGCGUUCGAAGAGCAGUCCCAGGCAUUCCAAAGAAGACACUCCAAGAUGUGGCCCGGUCUAACGCGGUUUCUCGAGGACGGUAUACGUAUCCAGGAUGGGUACGCAGCGGAAGAUAUCGAGCACAUCAUCAAGCACUUCCUCUGGCUCUUACUGAACACCAUCGACGUUCACCACUUCGAUGAUCGACACAGCCUUCGUGCUCGAUAUCCCCCCCAAGCGGUCAAGAGGGUGAUACAUGAAGGCUAUGAGGUGCUAUUUCUGUCCUCGAAGAUGGCGCUGCAGAAUCCCUUCUCAGACAUUCCCAAGCCUGUGCGUGAGGCCCUGGCGACCGUCAAUACCAGGGGUAACAUCGAGUUCCUUGCGCAAUGCCCUCUGCGUGAACUCUACGAUAUUGUCGCCCCGGAGCUCUUCCACGCAACCGUGUACAUCAACUUCCUCUAUUAUGCCUUGGCCGAGGUCGAUCGAUUGAAAGCAGAUCCGAACGGCACCAUACGUGCAAACCUGCUGAAGCUGCACAUGGUGGGGGCACCGAAGGGGAUGCGACCCGAUCAUACACGUUCUUGGACACGCCCUGCAGGUAUGGGCGACGUGGUUACCGUAGAGCUCGAAGCCUACAUCCUUCGCCAUCUCGACAAUGGCCCUGCCGUGGACGUCCCAAUAGAGCCGACCGGACCGCGCAUUGAUCUCGACAGGUUGUGCGAUGUGAUGAGCACGCCAAUAGCGACCGAGCGCUGCCCAAUCUGCCUUGAAGAUUACGCGGACGUUGACAACGUGUGCGUUCAGCUAAAGGCAUGUGCGCAUCUACUGCAUCGUGGGUGCUUGGAUGAGUUGGUGAACGGGGUGUAUCCUGGAGUUCCUGAGAUCAGAUGUCCGGCAUGUCGGACAGGUAUAUGUGGGGCACGCGACUAUACCGCAGUGCUGGACAACGAGGUUCGAGAUGAAGCUUCAUAG